CUUUUAAAAAUUAUAUAAAAAAAGUCAACCAGGCACAAUUUUGGAAAUUUCCAAUAUUACUUUGAUUGAUAAUCCGCCAUUCCUCACUUAUAAGCUGUGCAGCCAUUUUGAGCACUUUUUGAUAGCAACAGCUAUAAUUGCAAGAACAAUAAUGGAAAAAAGAAAAAAAAACAAGAAUGAAAGAAAGGACAGAGCAUCAAGCAAGAACUCAGAAAGCCAAACUGAACAUGGACCCAAGAAUGAAAGAAUGAACAAAGUAUCAAGCAAGAACUCAGAAAGCCAAACUGAACAUGGACCCAAGAAUGAAAGAAUGAACAAAGUAUCAAGCAAGAACUCAGAAAGCCAAACUGAACAUGGACCCAAGAAUGAAAGAAUGGACAAAGUAUCAAGCAAGAACUCAGAAAGCCAAACUGAACAUGGACCCAAGAAUGAAAGAAAAGACAGAGUAUCAAGCAAGAACUCAGAAAGCCAAACUGAACAUGGACCCAAGAAUGAAAGAAAAGACAGAGUAUCAAGCAAGAACUCAGAAAGCCAAACUGAACAUGGACCCAAGAAUGAAAGAAAAGACAGAGUAUCAAGCAAGAACUCAGAAAGCCAAACUGAACAUGGACAGAUAGUUCCAACAAAAGGAAUCACCAAAACUGAUCAAGCUUUGCCACAUUUGCUUAUACUAUCUUUGGCAGACUACUUUGUAGGAACUGAUCUAAGGUAUAUUAAAUUGACAUCAGUGUUUUGGAAAAGAGAGUUUCAUCUUUUACAACAAGCAAAGAGCACUUUGUCAUUUGGUUUGUCAAUGGAACUUCAGCUUUUGACAACUAAUAACUGCUCUUCCACUCUGAAUCUGAGAAUAUUGUUUUUUUCAAAUCAUACAAAUGCUCCUAAUAUGGUAUUAGAUCUAAAGUCUUUUAUACUGGAUGUUGCGUUAGUUGUUCAUCCCACAGAAUUAGCUAGAACAACUUUGGUACUGAACGCUCCAUUAAAUAUUAAUACUAAUGUAUUAGAUCAAAAGACUAUUAUGUUGAAUGCUUUAUCUGUUCUAAUGCUACCUGUGUUUGCAAAAUACUUGGUCAUGCCUUCCUGGAUAAGAGAGAAAAAAUAUUAUAUAUUAUAUAUAGUCAAAAUAUGGAAUUUAUAUAUGAAGAAACAAAACUUUAGCUGGAGUGGCGUAAUUAUUAAGAAUGCAGGCAAGGAACCUAGAAGAAAAGAUUUUUAUAGGGAACAUUUCCACUACAACCCACAGCCAAUUUUUGCAUAUCCUGCGCUAUAUGACACAAGGUUACAUAUUAACAGAGUUUAUAACUUGAAUGUUAAAGAAUUUAAGAAAGAAUUUGUUAGACUUCAAACUUUUAAGACUUUUCCUAGAAACGCAGAACAGUACCCAAUUAUGUUAGCAGCAAAUGGUUUUAUAAACACAGGCUUUGAUGUUACUGAUAAAACCACAUGUUUUUACUGUAUGAAAUCAUAUGAGAAUUGGAGGUAUACAGAUGACAUCAAAAGCAUACACCUAAGGAUAUCACCAACAUGCCCAAUGGCGAUAGGGUUAAAAUGUGUAAAUGUGCCCAUUUCUACGCAAAAAAUGAUAACUUUUCAUUCUGCAGUCUCCACAAAUCAUGAAGAUUUACCAAUGGAAUCAAGAAGCAUAGAAAGUUUAACCCUCAAUUCACAAAUACCAGAAGUAGGAGAAAACUUUAACAGAUCCCAUGAAGCCUCCAGCUCAGUUCAGGACACAAAUCAAGCUGGAGGCUUUCAAGUCAGCGACCAAUUCGCUGAAGGUUCUGAGACAGCACUUCCAGUAUGCUUCUACUGUAAUGUUCCAGACAGUUAUACAGACAAUGGGCAAGACAUUAUGGUAAAACAUAUAAUAAAUUCCCCUUCAUGUGGUUAUGUGAAACUGCAAAUGGGACAUAAUUAUGUUGAGACAGUCCUUGAAUUAGCAACACAACAAAGCCAGAUCACUGAACAAAUGAUCAGAGAUAGGAUGAACUUACCAAUAGCUGUCGGAGAUAGGAUGAAUUUGCCAGGAGAUGCCAGAGACAGGAUGAAUUUGCCAAGAGAUGCCAGAGACAGGAUAAAUUUGCCAAGAGCUAUAGCAUUUUAUCCUGUAACAGGUGGCAGAUAUCUACAACCUGGAUUGACUAGAGCACAAGUACCUCAUUCGGGAAACAUUUCUGAUCUUCAAGCAGAAUAUAACUGGCGACUCUCUAGACUGAUAUGCGAGAUCUGUCAAAGAAAGGAUGUACAAGUUAUAUUCAUUCCUUGUGGUCACGUCAUCACUUGUGUAGAAUGCUCUCUUCUGCAGGAGUUCUGCAAUAGUUGUCACAGCCAUAUUGAAGGAAAAACACGUAUUUUCUUUGAAUAGAAUGAAGAUGGUUUAUUUUUGUGUGACGCUAUUUUUAUUUGUUACCAUCUUAACAAAAUUUUAGGCCUAUCUAUCACAUUGAAUGUGCAUAAGCUCUUUCCUUCAAGUCUCCCCCCGCCCCUUUUUUUUUUUCACAUCCUUGUAGUUCUGUAGGUUUGUCUUUAAAAUGUUUGAAGGUAAAAAAAUAUAUAAUUAUUAUUUUAGUAAAUCAAUUUAUUCUUGCACUUUUUCUUGUCCAAAGAGUAAAAACAAAAUCUUUUGAGGUAAAUUUUGUUGCAAGGAUUGAAUUAUGCGAUUUUGUAUUAAGCCUAAUGUACAUUUUAAAAAAAAUAUUUUAUAGCAAAAAUAUUUAUGGCAUAGACUUAUAUAAUUUAUAUCUAGACUGGACAUGGAGAUCUUUUUAAAACUACAACAAACGUUGUGAAUUUUUUUUUAAGUUGAAACAAGGCGUUGUUUUGUAAAGUAAUUAUAAAAAGUAAAGUUUUUUUUUUAACCCUAACCUAUAUAACAUAAUUUAAUAUUUAGAUCUAGAUCUAGUAAUUAAACCUAAAAAAUAAGAGUACUCUCGUCUCAUAAUUAUUAUUUUGCAAUUUUUAGAUUCGUAAUCUAGAAAGAUCUAGGUAAUCAAUCUAUUUAAAUGUACAUAAGAUGAUAAAAUCAACAGACAUGAAUUAUUUCGAUCUAGGAUUUUUGAAACAUUAUCUCAAUGGAAACUAAUAGGAAAUGGAUUUGUUUCAUAUAUUUGCUGAAUAUAUAGUUCUGUGAUUAAAAGCCCAUUCUAAAGAAAAUCCGAGAAAUGAUUUUGCAUUAUUUCUAAACUUUGAAAACUAAAGAUCAUUACUUUUCUAAGACAAAAAAAGAUUGAUUGGGGCGACUUCCCUUACAACUUGAAAAAGAAUUACGUACAUAAAAAUCUAUAUAUAUAUAGGUCUGUGAAACGAUCAAUCGCAGAUUAGUAUUUGUUUCCCAUUUCCAGUCUAGAUUUAAUAUAGGCAUUUAUAAGUCUAUGAUUUAUGGUUGUUUAUUUUUUUUGUUUAUUUUUUUUUUUUUUUGCAUUUUUUUUUAAAUAGGAGGACAUAUUUUAAUAUAGUUCAGUUAUGUCAAAUUUCCCAUUUUAUUUUCGAUACUAGUAAGUGCUCUAAAAAUGAUAUAAAACAAAAGUAAAACAAAACCAAGACAACAAAAUAAGUAAAUCACGAACUCGUAUUCAGCCCCCAUGCCAGUCUUACUUCCACAUUAUACACAAACAUGUAAGCACCUCCAGAUCAGCCUACUUUCACAUUACAUACGAAUAUGUAAGCACCCCAAUGUCAUUCUUACUUCCACAUUACACACAAACAUGUAAGCAACCUCCCCCGUAUCAGUCAUAUUACAAUCAAACAUAUAAGCACCCCAUAUCAGUCUUACUUCCACAUUACACACAAACAUGUAAGCAACCUCCCCCGUAUCAGUCAUAUUACAAUCAAACAUAUAAGCACCCCAUAUCAGUCUUACUUCCACAUUAAACAUUACACACGAACAUGUAAGCAUCUCCUCUCCCUAUAUCAGUCUUAUUUCCACAUUACACACAAGCAUGUAAGCAACUCCACCCCCUAUAUCAGUCUUAUUUCCACAUUACACACAAACAUGUAAGCAACUCCACCCCUAUAUCAGUCUUAUUUCCACAUUACACACAAACAUGUAAGCAACUCCACCCCUAUAUCAGUCUUAUUUCCACAUUACACACAAACAUGUAAGGAACUCCACCCCCUAUAUCAGUCUUAUUUCCACAUUACACACAAACAUGUAAGCACCUCCACCCCCUAUAUCAGUCUUAUUUCCACAUUACACACAAACAUGUAAGCACCUCCACCCCCUAUAUCAGUCUUAUUUCCACAUUACACACAAACAUGUAAGCACCUCCACCCCCUAUAUCAGUCUUAUUUCCACAUUACACACAAACAUGUAAGCAACUCCACCCCCUAUAUCAGUCUUAUUUCCACAUUACACACUAACAUGUAAGCACCUCCUUCCCCUAUAUCAGUCUUAUUUCCACAUUACACACAAACAUGUAAGCAACUCCUCCCUUAAUACCAGUCUUAUUUUCACAGUACACACAAACAUGUAAGCACCUCCACCCCCUAUAUCAGUCUUAUUUCCACAUUACACACAAACAUGUAAGCACCUCCACCCUUAAUACCACUCUUAUUUUCACAUUACACUUUACACACAAACAUAUAAGCACCUCCACACUCCAUAUCAGUCUUAUUUCCACAUUCCACAUUCCACACAAACAUGUAAGCUCCACAAUAUCAGUUUACUUCUAAAUUAUACACAUACAUGUAAGCACCCCACAUGUCAGUCUUCAACAUUACACAAACAUGUAAGCAAACCCAUUAUGUCAGUCUUACUCCCAUAUUACACACAAACAUGUAAACAUGUCAGUUUUUUACUUACGCGUUACAAUACACCCAAACUCCACACCUAAACCACCAUACAAACAAUGACCAAGAUUUAACUAGUAGUGAACUAUGCUUAUAAAGAACAGACUUUGUAGGAGGAAACGAGUAUUUUGUAAUCUUGUUGACUUUCAGGUAAAACACAAACUGCUUAUUCAUUUGUUGGUUGUUUUUUUAACUGAUUCUGUAUAGCUCAUUUUUCAUCUUUAAAACAUUCUCAGUGCGCUAUUGUUCAAGCACUUUUGUUGACCAGUGGUGAGAGGGAGUAUCUGAGAAUGUUUACAUGCUGCAUCUAAGCACUGUACCUCUCUUGAUAGGAGCAAAGCAGUUUUUACCUUUUUAGAAGUAGCUAAUACGUGGGAAGCAUAUGUUAGGGCAUUGUUGAGCUGUGAAAACUUGACGAGGACAAGAAAACAGCAUUGGCAGUACAAAAGUGCAAAAGAAAUAAAAAAGCCUUGACACAAUCUCUAGCUAGAAUAGCUUGCCCAGUGUGCAGUCUAGCAUUUCGGGUGCACAUAGUCCUCAUUAGUCGGCUGAUCAGUUUACCUUAAAAACGGGGGCACUUUUGGAAGAACAAAUGUAACUACGUAUUUUUUUUAGCCUGAAAAUGAAAAUCCUUUUAAAAUUAUUUUUAAUAUUAUAUACUUCGUUUAGUAUCUAUUUUAUUUUGCAUAAAAGAAUCAAAUAAAACUUAAAUUCAAUAAAUACAUAAUCAAAUAAGUCAAAAUAAAAUAUUCAUUUAAACUGACAUCAGUAUCUGUUAUUAAAAAGAUAAAAAUAUUUUGCAUUGCCAUCGGCAAUUCUCUUACACAUUUACAAACAUUUGUAAAAUAUUCUAUGUCAACAUAAAGCUCAAGACUCCUGUAAUUGCUUCUUAUGUUUUGACAGCCUAUAUUUUUUAAACAAUGUAAAAAAAUAUUUCACAUUCACUUAAACACAAAUACUAAGAGAUUUUCUUUACAAACUUAUUUAUAUUAAUUAUUAUUGUCGCACAACUUCAAAAAAAGUAUGAUUGUUUUAUUAAUUCAAGUGUAUGCAUAACUUAUUAACUUACAUGUAUAUGCUGCUGAAAUAAUGCCAAAUGUAGGUUCAUUGAGCAUUAGAAGUGAUCCAUUGUUAUUGGCCUCCUAUAAGCAGCUAGACAUUGGUAGUUGAAUUUCUGAUAAGCUAGCAUGCCCUCUAGCAAGACAAUAUCUAAUGCUGGUAGCAUUAUAGGUUUAGGUUAUGAAAACCAUUAAUAUUUGACUUGGACAGCUGGUAGCAGCAUAAUCACUGAUAUGCAUAAUGCUCCAUUGGAAACCUGGUGAGGAAAAGAAGCUUAUGUGCGGUAAAUAAUCUCACUAAGUGAGAAAUAUAGGGAAGCACAUGAAACACCCUGACCUGGUCUUUUUAUGUUUCCCUCAUCUUUUUUUUAUAUUAAAGGCUAGUAUAGUUUGGGCUAUAGCCCUGUUAGUUCAUGCUAAUAAAUGACUCAUUUUUGUCUUUUAUUAUAUUUUAUCAUCAUUUAUUUUUUAUAAAGCUUAUACCAACUCACUCUGACUUUCUGUCUGUCUGGUAAAAAGUUUGUACACGUUAUUUCUCACACACCCAAUCUACGAUUAAGCUGAAAUUUUGCACAUUUAUUUCUUUUACCUGACAACACAAGAAUCAUAAAACAAAAUUAACCAAUUAGUUAAUUGACAAUUGGUAAUUGCUUAUUUUGAUUGGUAUCUUGAAGAAGGGAAAGAAAUCGUACUUGGCAAAUGUGGUGGUAUAAGCUGAAUUAGUCCCUUUGAGGAAUUUUGAGACUUGAGUGAAAUUGUUUUAUGUUUUUAAAAAAAAACGAUAAUGUAAACAUUUACAAAGAUACCCCCUUCUUCCCUCCCCUUUCACAACUGGUCCAGACAAGUCAAGUGAUAAGAUCAGAGCGCAUUGAGAAAACUAAAAGCUAAACAAAAACAAUUGUAAAAAUAUUUAUAAUCGCACAAAUUUAGUAUGCCUACGCCUGUACCAGCAACUAUUAACUGACUGAUCCAAACUAAAUGAGACAAUAUGACUAAAUAUAAGCUGUGUUUUUUUUUUUUUUUUUUUUUUUAAAGUAUUUUAUGUUUUUCUUGUUCAUUAGGAUUUUUUCAACAACUGCAACAGCAAUAAAUUUGUUAAAUGUUAAAUAAGAUCUGAAAGUAGCGAUAUUUUUUUUACAAGUUUUUGGGAGCAAGGAUUUAGGACUUUAAAUCCUCUCUUACUGUAGGUACUUUGUUAAUAACUCUUUGUUGCACUUAAAUGUCAUGCCAUUGUGCAACCUUCUACCCCCCUUCUCAUUCCAGAUUUCUUUUCAACACAAAAAUGAAAAAAAAACCCAACAACUUAAGUUUCAAUGGUAGGCCUAUGUGCCACAUUAAAGUUGCCUGAAUAUUGAUUUUUGUUCUCUAUACGCCUGCCUAUAUUUCUCACGUGGUUAGGCGGCCCCCAUCUGCGACCUACAUAUUUUGCAACUUUCAGCGCAGACGUAAACAUUACUUCUUGUGAUCGAUUAAGAUUCUCUUUUCGCUAUCUACUUCUGUCCUCGAAGUGAGUUUUUUUUUGGUCUCAUAUGUGUAUCCCGCGGCCUGUGACCUCCAGCUGUCUCGCUGUGAAGCCGCUUGCAGCCAGGUGCUCUAUUCAACUUGGCGCCUUAUCAGGUCUUCAAAGCGUUUCCAUGGGGCACCUCUGUUACGUUGACCACCUUUUAGCUCACCAAAAAAAUGACCGUUGGCAAUUAUUCAUUUGCCAUACGGUAUAAAUGCCCUGCCAAGGGUAAUUGUCGGGCUAUAUUAUUCAUACAAGCAUUAGUAAGAAUUUUUGUAGUGUGUCUUGCUACUGAAUGCCCACGAUAGAACGCAAACAUCAUAGGUGAAAACGUUCAAGAAUUCUUAGUUCCUUUCUGCAUAGUUCUGUCUUAGAUCCAUAUAGAAGGGUUGAGAAAACAACUGCUUGGUAGACACUGAUUUGUGUGGGCAGGCAGAUUUCUUUCGCCCCAACUCUCGCUUGUGGGCUUCCAAAACACUACUGGCCCUGGCCAGACGGUUAUUCACUUCCUUAGAAGCAAUACGUCAUCUGAUUCUAUUCUUCCCAGAUAUGUGAAUUUGCUUCAUCCACUUAUAACAAGAAAACUACUGAGAAUAAAAAGUUAAAGAAUCAAUUAAUUAAUAAGGUACACAUUUUGCGUUGUAUUUCUUUUUCAAUUGUUAGAUCUGUAAUAUUUGUUUUCUUACUCAGCUUUUAUGUUUUAUUUUAAAUUGCUAAGUUAUACAACAACAAAAAUUAUACAUUUUUCUUUUUAUUACAAAGCUUAUAUUAACUCUGUCUGUCUGUCUGACUGUCUGGUAAAAUGUUUAUACACUUAUUUCCCCUACAAGCGAAUUCGGAUCAAGCUGGAAUUUUGCUCAAAAUAAAUUAAAAAAAAACCAAUUACGUAAUUAACAAUGGUAUAUAAUUAUUUUGUUUGGUAUAUCGAACAAGGGAAUGAAUUUGUACUUGACUGAAAUUAACCAAUUAGUUUAUAAUUUUCCCAAUUUAUUAAAAAUUUAAAUAUAAAAAAGAUUAUUAUUCUUUUAUUUAAUCAAACAUUUUAGUGACACCCAUAUAUACAAUGAUACUUUGACAUAUAAGUUAAAACAUAGUAAUUUACCCAAUCUCACAUAUUCUGUAUACAUAUGUACAAAACUAUUUUAUUCUUUUUAUUCACAUGUUAAAAUUUUUAAAUAGGCCUUAUUAAAUUUUGUUGCAAGCUGUAAAUAAUUUUAAGCAUUUUUUAACAUUAUUGUAACAAUCUGCUUUAUUAAUCUCAAUUCUAUUUCCUACUAGUUUGAAUUCUAUACCUUUAAGUCUUUAAGUCUAAACACUAUUUGGACCUCUUUUUUUUUUCAUUUUUAUAGAAGGAAAAAAUAUUUCGAACUUAUUAUGAUUAAAUUAUUAAAUAUUAUGAAUUUCCUGCAGAUUUUUUUAACUUUUCAAUCUCAAUAGCUUUCAUUAACCAAUUGUUAGCAAUUUUAUAUUUUUACGAACAGAACAAACACAAAGCUGAUCAUGCUAAUUUAUAACUUAAGUAAGUCACAACCGUCCUGUACAAAACGUUAGUUUUCAUAUUAUUUGAGAGAACUGAU